UGCCGAUCUCGAUAUCCAGGCUUCAGAACUAAUCCUAGCAGUCAUCGUACGACCGCGUUCUAUAUCGCGGAUAAUCGGGUGCUCCUAAUAGUCAGUAGAUAUUUGCUUCAUUUGAAAAUAUGAUUAUACAUGCCACAUUCAUGCAAGUUGUACUGGUCGCAGUGUUGUUUAUAGCACGCACACACGCAGCGCUGUGCUCAGAAGUGCAGAAUAACGACAGCUACACAUGCGAUAUUACACACGAAUUCAAUCCUGCGGCCAGCGGAAAUGAAGUAGACAGUCCCGCGUCGUACAAUAGCGUAUGUUGUAAAUUAGACGGGUGCAAGAAGUCUACAGAUGGAGUGAUACUAACUGUAUAUCGUAGCUGCCCAUCCGGGAACUCUACAACCAUUGGUGGUUUACAAUGUCCCCAGCUGUCAUGCGAUGCUGGACUCACUUGUCCGUGUGGGCGAGUAAAAGACGACAGUGAUUGUGAUACUUGUGAAUGCUUAUCAGAUCCGAACUCGUGCGGGCCUGAGCCAGUAUGUACAGAGCUUUGUUGGCUUGGAUCCGUACCGGACGAGAGGGGAUGUCCCACGUGCAAUUGUAGGACAGAAUUUUGCCCGUUUAUUUGUGCAAUUGCUUGUGAGUAUGGUAACGUGAAGGAUGCGAACGGGUGCGAUAUGUGCGCCUGUAUAGAAGACAAUCCCUGCGAUGAACCUAAUGUAUGUCCGACUGGUGUGGCAUGCGAGGUGGAUAUAAGCAACGGGCGAGCGAAGUGUCUGUGCGGUUGAUAUAUAUCUAUCGGUCCCAUGGUAAUGAGGUGGAACGUAUUUGCCGGACUUACAAUUUCAGACCUUACGAACAACCCAUACUAUCAGCUUAUUACUAUUGAUACAUACAAGUACGCAUACUGAGCGCGGAACAAAUUACAUGGGGUCAAUUAUGUAGUACAGACUGUAAGAAAUACUGGUAUGAUCUCUUCGCUUACGUGUAAGAAAGCACAUGCGAUGGGUAUAGAGGGCGAGCAAAGGUCUUUCCGGCUGCUAUCCUUGAGUUCUUCAAGUUAUACGGGGCUGUUACUCGAGGCAGUGAUAUUAAACGUAUUGACAGUGCCCGGAGAACCAAUCGAUAUACGCUAUUCGUCAAAAUAGCACCAAUCACGCUUAGAUGCACACACCAAGGAACACACAGCGUGCCAAUGAAAUAUCAAUUGAGUAAAUCAGUCCGUGAGACAAAAACGUGUGAGAAAUGAGUAUGUAUAUGCAAGUCAGCCACCGAGGAGGUGAGGUUCGAGGCGAGCAAUUUACUCUUUGAUUGGUAUGUCAAUUUGCAUUUUGUUUACACCCUUGCGUUGAUUUUUACCGCGACUCUGAAUUUAAUUAAAGUGGUAUUGAUCGCAAUGCUCCUAUCUAUGCUGUAUACUCGCAUCUUGUCAAUUGAGCAUAUGUAUAUACAAAAAUGCGCAUUAUAUUGGAGUA